UCAUUAGAAAGCGCCCUACAACGGCUAUUAGCGUUAUUUUUUUAUUUACCUCAAGCUGCGUCCCGCAAUGGAAGUAAACAGGGACGAAGCAGAGCGUUGCAUUGACAUUGCAACUGCUGCAUUAACAAACAAUCAAACAGAGAAGGCCGUUAGAUUUCUAGAAAAGGCACAGAAACUUUUUCCGACGGAUAAGGCGAGAGCACUGCUGGACUUGAUUGCAAGAAAUGGUUUCACCCCUGGUCAUGACAACCAGUCAGGAUCCAGUGAUGGCACUGGGCCAAGGCAGCGAAGACCUGGGGAGGAGGACCAAGGAGAGAAGGCCUCGCAGACAGCCAAAUCCUACACCUCAGAUCAACUGGACGCUGUCAAGAAAAUAAAACAGUGUAAAGACUUCUAUGAGAUUCUCGGAGUGAAGAAAGAUGCGUCUGAGAUGAUCUCAAAAAGUCAUAUAGAAAAUUAGCGCUGAAAUUCCAUCCCGACAAAAACCA